UGAGAAAUUUAGAAGCAUGGGCGAUGUGUGAUAACAUUAAAACACACAACAAACUGACUCUGAAAUUAGCAACGAUCGACGCAGAGAGCUGGGCUUGAGCUGCAACAAGAAAACCCAACAACAACAAUAAGCGGACACGUCAACAACACGCACAAAUCAACAAAAAAUAAUGUAUUGCCUGCAAUGUUUACUGCCAGUGCUGCUGAUACCGAAGCCCACUAAUCCAGCUCUGAUGGAGACGCAUGUCAUGUUUAUAGUUCUCUACUUGAUUGGCUUCUUUCUGGAGAGGAAGCCAUGCACAAUCUGUAGCCUGGUCUUUCUCACGGCUGUCUCGCUGAUCUGCUACAGCGGCGUCGGCAACUGCAUCUUCUGGGGUAACUGUGAGGGUCAUCUCUGCGAGAACGGUUAAGACCACAAAUACGGAAUACAGAAGUGAUAAAUAUAAAUUUCGUUCGCGUUGCUACAGCUUUAUACAAUAUAUACACAAUUUGCAUUAUUAACAAACCAACAAAUAAUUAGUGAUAAAACUGAGUGAGUUAACAAGAAGCAAGAGCUGAAGCGAUUUGCUUCUUGCACUGCUGCCAGUAAGUGAAAAAUAAAUAAAUACGACGAAGGAAACUUAAACUGCAUCUGCCCCACUUGGAUAACCAAAAGAAUAGAAAGAAAUCAACUCCAUCCCAACGCGAUCGAUAGAUAUCCCGUUUCAACUGCUGCUGGUACUUCACAAUGUAUUUUAAUGUUUAAUUUAGCUAAAAAUUUACGCACAAACUCCCCAAAAUUAUAAUCGAAACUGUUUAUUAGGCUUAGGGACGAAUCUAGUUUUUACCACAAGCGCCACAAAAGCAAAAUAAAAAUGUAUUGUAAAUUUCUGGUUAUGAGAGGCGAGGUACCACGUCAAUGCAAACUUUCUAUUACGUUUAGUCAUAUGUUAUUUAAAUAAACUAACUGUAUAAAAAAUGGAAGUAAAUACUGUGCUGUGCGUCCUUGCUGCGCCAAUGGACGUUGAUAUCGGUUGUUUCCCCGUCUUGUGCACAUGCAAAUUGUACAUAAAUACACAAACACCCAUAUACACAUGCAUACAGAUUUACAUCAUUGAUUGAUAUAUAUAUAUAAAGUGUAAAGAAAAUAAUCAGAUACAAGUUGUUCGAUUUUAUGUUACGAAUUGCAAUUCGUAAACCUAAUUUAAGACAACAAAUUCAAUUCAAUUUGUUAAACACGAGAUUUAAUAUAUUAUAAUAAUAAUAAUACAACUAAACAAACGUACCGAAAAGUAACGAACCGAAAAUGAUGUUUAAAACUUUAUAUACAAUCAAAUCAAUUAAAACAAUUUAAUGACGCUAUAGCUAUCGAGUUGGUUUUGAUCUUAAGUUCAAGUAGUAAUCAUCAUCACAGGUCUGGUUGCCGUUAGAUGCGCUAAGAGACUUUGGAAUGUCGACAACUCAAUAUUAUUGUAAGUGUUGUGCUGUCUAAUCGUUGAUAAGGCAAUAAUUUCCAUUCUAAUAUGUUAUGAU